AUGCCUGUCCUGGCCGCCCCCCUGGGCCCCUGCCGGGCCCUGCGGACGCAGCUGGGCGCACAGCAGCGAGCGGCUGUGAGUGAGCACUCGGGGUCUUCACACCUGUCUGUGGGCGUCCAGAGUGGGCUCAGGCCCCAGUCCACGGGGCGUGGGUGGUGGGGCUCCGGCGUGGCGGCCAGGAGGGGACAGACGGACGGCAGAAGGCUGAGCGGCCUCUCCUCCUGCAGGCCGAGCACCAUGGGCAUCCAGGUGCGCCCCCACCUGGGGGUCUGGCUGUGGCUGGGCGCCGCCCUGGGCCUCAGCCGGGCACAAGCAAGCGGCCGCCUGUGGCUGGCGGUGCUGCCCGAAGACCGGCUGCAGAUGAAGUGGGCGGAGUCGGAGAGGCCGGGCCUCGGCUACCUGGUGCAGGUGAAGCCCAUGGCAGGGGACUCCGAGCAGGAGGUGAUGCUGACCACCAAGACCCCCAAGGCCACGGUGGGGGGCCUGAGCCCCUCCAAGGGGUACACCCUGCAGAUCUUCGAGCUCACGGGCUCCAGGCGUGCCCUGCUGGCUCGGAGGGAGUUUGUGAUCAAGGACUUGAAAAGUCACCCGGUGGUCGGGAGCAGCCGGCAGCCCCUGGGGGCAGCUGUGGAGCCCUCGUCCCCCCUCGUGGGGAGCCCGGACCCCGAGCCCCAUGUCAGCUCAGCUCCAAGCCAAGGCCCGCCCACUCCUGCUGGGUCCACCGGGGGCGGGGGGCAGCCCGGAAGGAGAUCCCGCUCGGGGACGGGGACAGGGCAGGAGCGGCUCAGGACCCUUCAGCGGCCUUGCCCUCAACGCAGCCCCCUCCCUGCCUGCCCAGCCGGCCCCCAGUUCCGCUGCACACCCCCCACCCCCGCGGACAUGGUCUUCCUGGUGGACGGGUCCUGGAGCAUCGGCCACAGCCACUUCCAGCAGGUCAAAGACUUCCUGGCAAGCGUCAUCGAGCCCUUUGAGAUCGGGCCGGAUAAAGUCCAAGUUGGCCUGACCCAGUACAGUGGCGACCCCCAGACCGAGUGGGACCUGAACGCCUUCGGCACCAAGGAGGAGGUGCUGGCGGCGGUCCGCAGCCUGCGCUACAAAGGCGGAAACACGUUCACAGGCCUGGCCCUGACCCACGUGCUGGAGCAGAACCUGCGGCCAGGAGCGGGGCCCCGGCCGGGGGCGGCCACGGUGGUGGUCCUAGUGACAGACGGCAAGUCCCAGGACGAUGCCCGCGAGGCUGGCCACGUCCUCAAGGGCCGGGACGUGGACGUCUUUGCUGUGGGCGUGAAGAACGCCGACGAGGCGGAGCUGAGGCUGCUGGCCUCCCAGCCGCUGGACGUCACCGUCCACAACGUGCAGGACUUCCCCCAGCUCCGCACGCUGGCCGGCCUGCUCAGCCGCCUCAUCUGCCAGAAGGUCCAGGGCAGGAGUCUGCGCAGGGGCCCAGCCAAGACGGCUGCAGCCGGGGACCCCCUCGCCACUCCCACCAGCCUGGUCCUGACCCAGGUGACCUCCUCCAGCGUCCACCUGUCCUGGACUCCAGCCCCACAGCCGCCACUCAAGUACCUGGUGGUGUGGCGGCCUUCCAGGGGCGGCGCCCCCCGGGAGGUGGUGGUGGCGGGGCCCAGCUCGUCCGCGGAGCUGCACAACCUGACCGCCGGCACGGAGUACCUGCUGUCCGUGCACGCCGUCUCCGAGGCGGGGGUCGGCGAGGGCCUGCGGGGCCUGGUGACCACAGCGCCUCUGCCUCCACCCCAGGCGCUCGCCCUGGCCGCAGUGACACCCAGGACCAUCCGCCUCACCUGGCAGCCCUCGGCCGGGGCCACCCGAUACCUGGUGCGAUGUGCGUCGGCCACCCCCAAGGGCGAGGAGGAGGCCAGAGAGGUGCAGGUGGAGCAGCCGCAGGUGCUGCUGGGAGGCCUGGAGCCUGGCAGGGACUACGACGUCCAGGUGCUCAGCCUGCAGGGGGCGCAGGCCAGUGAGGCCCGGGGCAUCCACAUCAGGACCCCACCCCUGGCCGCCCCCAGACACCUGAGCUUCUCGGACGUGACGCACGACUCAGCCCGUGUGUCCUGGGAGGGCCCCCCGAGGCCUGUGCGCCUGUUCAGGGUCAGCUUCGAGUCCACCGAGGGCAGCCACUCGGGGCAGACGGAGGCCCCUGGGAACGCCACCUCAGUCUCCCUGGGGCCCCUCUCCUCCUCCACCACCUACACCGUCCGCGUCACCUGCCUCUUCCCCGGGGGCAGCUCCUCCACCAUGACUGGACGCCUGACCACACGGAAAGUCCCCAGCCCCAGCCGGCUGUCGGUGACCGAGCUGCCUGGGGACCAGGUCCGGCUGACAUGGGCGGCGGCGGCCACGUCCGGCGUGCUUGUCUACCAGAUCAAGUGGACGCCGCUGGGAGACGGGAAGGCCCACGAGAUCUCCGUCCCAGGGAACCUGGUCGAGGCCGUCCUGCCCGGCCUGGGGAGGCGCUCGGAGCACGACAUCACCGUCCUGGCCUACUACCGGGACGGGGCCCGCAGCGACCCCGUGUCCCUGCGCUACGCCCCCCGUAGCCCCGCCCCUUCAGUCAGCCGGAGCCCGCCCUCCAACCUGGCCCUGGUUUCCGAGUCCCCGAACAGCCUUCGGGUGGGCUGGACGCCCCCUGCCGGCCACGUGCUGCACUACCGGCUCACCUACGCACUGGCCUCGGGCUCCGGGGCCGAGAAAUCGGUCUCCGUUCCGGGAUCCAGGAGCCACACGACGCUCCCGGACCUGCUGGCAGCCACCAAGUACAGAGUCCUGGUCUCCGCAGUGUACGGGGCGGGGGAGAGUGCGGCCGUGGCCACCACAGGCUGGACGGCGGCCUGCCCGGCCCUCCACCCGAACGGCUCCCUGGCAGGCUUUGACCUGAUGGCGGCCUUCGGGCUGGUGGCGGAGGGGUACGCCUCCCUCCGCGGGGUCGCCAUGGAGCCCUCGGCGCUGGGCGCCGCCCGGACCUUCACGCUGCUCCGGGACGCCCAGCUGACCCGCCGGGCCAGCGACAUCCACCCGGCCGCCCUCCCCGCGGAGCACACGGUCGUCUUCCUGCUGCGCCUGCUCCCCGAGACGCCGAGGGAGGCCUUCGCGCUCUGGCAGAUGACGGCCGGGGACUUCCAGCCCGUCCUGGGGGUCCUGCUGGACGCCGGCAGGAAGUCCCUGACCUACUUCAGCCACGACCCCAGGGGAGCCUUGCAGGAGGUGACCUUUGACCUGCCCGAAGUGAAGAGGAUCUUCUUUGGGAGCUUCCACAAGGUGCACGUGGCCGUGGGCCGCUCCAGGGUGCGGCUCUACGUGGACUGCAGGAAGGUGGCCGAGAGGCCCAUCGGGGCGGCGGGCAGCUCCCCCGCCUCCGGCUUCGUCACGCUGGGGAGGCUGGCCAAGGCCCGGGGCCCUCGAGGCGGCUCGGCCACGCUCCAGCUCCAGACGCUGUGGCUCGUGUGCAGUGACACCUGGGCAGAGGCGGACAGGUGCUGCGAGCUCCCGGCGUCGAAGGACGGAGCGGCCUGCCCUGCCUCCCCUCCUGCCUGCACCUGCUCCUCAGAGACCUCUGGGCCCCCGGGACCCCAGGGGCCUCCGGGCCGCCCCGGCAGGGACGGAGCCCAAGGACAGCAGGGCGUCCCGGGGCCCAGGGGAGAGCCCGGGCCACCCGGACAGACGGGGCCCGAGGGUCCUGGAGGUCAGCAGGGGUCACCAGGGACCCAGGGCCGCACUGUCCAGGGACCCGUGGGUCCGCCGGGAGUCAAAGGAGAGAAGGGGGACCACGGACCCCCGGGCCUGCAGGGCCACCCCGGCCACCAGGGCGCCCCCGGGAAGGCUGGCCUCCAGGGUCCAAAGGGGAUGAGAGGCCUGGAGGGCACUGCCGGUCUGCCCGGACCCCCCGGACCCAGGGGGUUCCAGGGUGUGGCGGGGACCCGGGGGGCCGGCGGGGAGCGAGGACCCCCAGGGGCCGUGGGGCCCACGGGGCUGCCGGGGCCCAAGGGCGAGCGAGGAGAGAAGGGGGAGCCCCAGUCCUUGGCCGCCAUCUACCAGCUCGUGAGCCAGGCCUGCGAGGCCGCCAUCCAGACGCACGUGCUGAAGUUCGACUCCUUCCCCCACGAGAGCGGCCGGCCCCCCCUGCCCGUCUCGGAGGCCUCGGGGCCCCCGAUCGCACGCUCUGCGGCCCACCUCCCUGGGGGAGGGGGACGUGCCGGUCCCCUCCCUGAAGACAGAGGGAAGCCUGGAGCCCUCGCUCGGACGGGCAGCCUCCAGCCACGGGGCAGUGGGGUCCCGGGGCCCCCAGGAGGAGCAGGCUCCUGGGUCCUCGGAGUGGAUGACAUCAGUGACCUCACUCACCUGCGGGCUGCGGACCUGGGCUCUGUGGUCCGGGAGUUUACACCCAAGGGCCCCCGCCCCCCCCGCUCCCCCCUCCCCGGAGGCGAGCAGCGCCGGGGCCGCCCGCUGCGGGGGAACAGGGUGCUCACGCCGUCUGUCUCCGUGGACUCCUUCCCCGGCGCGUCCUCCCCGUCCCCGCAGCUGGUGCCCGGCCCCCCUCCCGGCCUGGAGAAGCACGUCUGUGGCCGGGCCCGGCGCCAGGCCGCUGCUGGCAGAUGCCGGCGCAUCUGGCGGCAGCAUCCACUUACGUAA